UACAAUUGGGCGUAUUCGUUCAAUUGUUUCGGUUUUACUUUAUUUUACUUUUUUUCCUUAAAAUAUACUUUGUUUUGUUUUUCCACCCUGUGCUCUCCCCGAGCUAUCCUUGCGACACAUACAUUGUUUCAAAAUGUCUAGCGGCAUUGUCUCACCGUUUCGGAUCUCCAGGAAGGAUGGGGAGAAGCUUGAUCGUAAUGAGGCAUUUAUCGCCGUUCGAGAGCAUCUGAGGCGCCAAGAAAUGGGCAUGGACGCCCCAAGUUUUUGCGCCUUCCACCGCCAUUCAUGCUCCGAUAAAGACCAGGACUCCUUCCGUCUGCAUCGCGAUAUCAUCCAUACCAUCCUGCUUCCUUUGUUUCUACUCCACCAUCAAGCCUCCCGUGUCGCCGCUAGGGCCCUCCCUAGCCACCAAGGAGCGGAGUCGGAACGCGCAUUUCGGGGGGAAGCACGCAGUGCUUAUGCCUGGCUUCAUUGCAUCCUCACCGAGGAGCAUGAUUGGUACCUGACCGAACGAUGCCCCGCUUGCAUCGUCCUGCACGUCUUACACUCCGAGCCGACCAUUCGUUUUGUGGCUGUGGCUUGUCUUUUGUCCGACCACCUGCAAGGCCUGGACUUGCUCCACGGGGAAAGCCGGCUGCCCAGUUUCGAUUUUUGGCUUGAGGCGUUGGAAACAGCCGUCCGGGAGGACCCCUUCUGGGGCAGCGACUUUUGGCCCGAUAUCGAGUACCGCGCAUGUGCAUUAACCGACGGCGUCAAGCAGCUGGUGCUGCAGUGUCUGGAACUCCGAUCGGCGCUGGAUCGCCAAACCCACCACCAAUCUCAGGCAUAUGAUUCCAGCGCUCACUUCCGUCGUGACUCGUUGCGGCAGUCAAGCCAUCCAAGUAUGAUGAGGUCAAGUGCUGCAUCCCGAAUGAUGGUGGAAGAGCAGAAGCUCUUGUCCAAGAUUGCCAGCAACCGAUGCAUGCAAUCACACUGGAAAGAUCGGCCGCAGAGAGUUCAUGUUCGCAGGCACGCCGAUCCCCGCAGAAGGUCGGUGACUUCUUGAGCUCAAGUUGCUUGUUCUAGAUUAUCUAGAGACUCUAGGUGAACAAAAAGCCAGUGCCCCUUGGUGAUUUGCUUGCGUUGGGGUUGUUAAAGUCCCGCAAGCCAGGCCAGUUCGGGUUAGCCUCCGAUAGAAUUGGAG